AUGAUGCCUCAGAACACAUUAGUUGGACGAGCUUCUCACCCACAACAAAAGGGAAUUGAGAAUGAUGAUGACGAUGAUGAUGGUGCUGAUGAUGAUGAUGAUGAUGAUGAUGCUGCUGUUGCUGCUGCUGCUGCUGAUGAUGAUGAUGAUGAUGAUGAUGAUGAUGAUGAUGAUGAUGAUGAUGAUGAUGAUGAUGAUGAUGAUGAUGAUGAUGAUGAUGAUGAUGAUGAUGAUGAUGAUGAUGAUGAUGAUGAUGAUGAUGAUGAUGAUGAUGAUGAUGAUGAUGAUGAUGAUGAUGAUGAUGAUGAUGAUGAUGAUGAUGAUGAUGAUGAUGAUGAUGAUGAUGAUGAUGAUGAUGAUGAUGAUGAUGAUGAUGAUGAUGAUGAUGAUGAUGAUGAUGAUGAUGAUGAUGAUGAUGAUGAUGAUGAUGAUGAUGAUGAUGAUGAUGAUGAUGAUGAUGAUGAUGAUGAUGAUGAUGAUGAUGAUGAUGAUGAUGAUGAUGAUGAUGAUGAUGAUGAUGAUGAUGAUGAUGAUGAUGAUGAUGAUGAUGAUGAUGCUGAUGAUGAUGAUGAUGAUGAUGAUGAUGAUGAUGAUGAUGAUGAUGAUGAUGACGAUGAUGAUGAUGAUGAUGAUGAUGAUGAUGAUGAUGAUGAUGAUGAUGAUGAUGAUGAUGAUGAUGAUGAUGAUGAUGAUGAUGAUGAUGAUGAUGAUGAUGAUGAUGAUGAUGAUGAUGAUGAUGAUGAUGAUGAUGAUGAUGAUGAUGAUGAUGAUGAUGAUGAUGAUGAUGAUGAUGAUGAUGAUGAUGAUGAUGAUGAUGAUGAUGAUGAUGAUGAUGAUGAUGAUGAUGAUGAUGGUAUUGAUGCCUGCAGUUCUAUCGUCCCAUCAGCGUGUACCAGUUGGUAG